UCCUUUACCUAACAACACCUACUCAUUUCAAAAGCUUUUUCGUCGUUUCUCUGCCUCGCAGUGCUGAGCUAGUGAGUGACCCUGUCCCUGAAGGAAGUGUUUUUAGGGAACCUUUUCUUCUUCCUCCUUUCUCCUCGCACCUCAGCGGCCAUGGGCUUGGCUUGUUGUAAAGACAAACCUUCUGUAACGAACUCUCAACGGCCUAUUUCCUCAUCCUUCUCUGGGUCAAAGAAGAAAACAGCGGGCGAUCCUGUUCAAAGGCAACCGACAGCCUCGGCUAAGCCAGAUGGUCCUGUGUCUGUACAGGCCACGUCCUCAGCUGUCCCAGUUGCUAAGCCUCGAAAUUUAUCCACGGGUCCUCCUGCCACCAAGAAGGAAGAGCUUGAUCACCACCAGAGUGAGCCAGAACUGAAAAAUGAGGUUGCCAAAGAAGUCGCAGAACCUACAAAGGUCGAGGGUGCUGUCGAAGAUGAAACCUUGAAACAAGGGGAAGUUCAACAAAGUUUGGAGCCAAAAGAGGAGCCUCACAGUGAGGGCCCCCCAGAACUUGCUACAACAGAGGCUGAUUCACAGAAAUCUGAACCGCAGGAGGAGGUAAGGAAUGUGCAAGAGGAGAAAGUAGAGACUAUACAGGAGGAGGAGGUAGAGCUUGCACAAGAGGAGAAAAUAGUGACUUCGCAAGAGGAAGAGGCUCAUAGCACUGAAGAGACGAGGGCUGAACCUGAGGACACCUCCCCAGCCCAACCUGCAUCUGAUGAACCUGAUGGGGAGGAAAUUAAGGAGCCAGAACCUGCACUGACAGAGGAGCAGCCACAGAGCACCCAAUCACACGUAGAGGAAACUGAAGAGAUAAAAGAAGAGGAGGAGGAUGUGCCACCUCCUCUACCUACCUCCCCUCCCCCAGAGUCGGACGAAGAGGAGGUCACCGUAAGUGACGACUCUGCUAGCAAGAUGGUUGAUGCCGAGGUACUUGAGAAACUUGAAGCCAGUUUCAGUAAACUGGAAGCUGCAACAGAGUGCAAAUCCUUGCUUAAGAAAUAUCUAACAAAGGAAGUUUUUGAUGACCUCAAGACAAAGAAGACUUCUUUGGGUGCCUCCCUCCUUGAUGUCAUACAAUCUGGUGUGGAGAACUUGGAUUCCGGAGUUGGCAUCUAUGCUCCAGAUGCUGAAGCAUACACCCUCUUUGCACCGUUGUUUGAUCCCAUUAUAGAAGACUAUCACGUUGGCUUUAAGAAAGAAGACCAACACCCUCCUAAGGACUUCGGUGAUCUUGAGAAGUUUGUGAACGUGGAUCCUGAAGGCGCCUAUGUGGUUUCCACUCGUGUCCGUUGUGGCCGUUCCAUGGAGGGUUACCCUUUCAAUCCUUGCCUUACUGAAGCACAGUACAGAGAGAUGGAAGAGAAAGUAUCUUCCACCCUUUCUGCUCUUGAAGGAGAACUCAAAGGCACAUACUACCCUCUCACUGGUAUGUCGAAAGAAGUGCAGCAGAAGCUAAUUGAUGAUCACUUUUUAUUUAAAGAAGGUGACCGCUUCCUACAGGCUGCCAAUGCAUGUCGCUAUUGGCCAACAGGUCGUGGCAUUUAUCACAAUGACAAGAAAUCCUUCUUGGUAUGGGUAAAUGAGGAAGAUCACCUUCGUAUCAUAUCCAUGCAGAAAGGUGGAGAUCUUGGAGAAGUCUACAGGCGUCUGGUGAGCGCCGUGGGCGAGAUAGAGAAACGUGUGCCAUUUUCACAUCAUGACAGACUAGGCUUUUUGACCUUCUGCCCCACUAACCUUGGUACCACUGUCAGGGCUUCAGUUCACAUCAAGUUGCCAAAGCUUGCUGCUAACAAAGCCAAGCUUGAAGAAGUGGCAGCUAAAUAUAACUUGCAAGUGCGAGGUACUCGAGGGGAGCACACCGAAGCAGAAGGUGGCAUUUAUGAUAUCUCCAAUAAGCGCCGCAUGGGACUGACCGAAUACCAGGCCGUGAAAGAAAUGCAAGAUGGCAUCCUCGAGCUGAUAAAGAUAGAAAAGGGAAUGUAAGUUAAUGGAGACUGUGCAUUAGAAUUUAUGAAACCCAUUGGCUUUCCAGUGUUCCAGUUGUUUGUAGAUCACUACGGUGAGGGGGAAUGGAAUGGUUGAGGGAAUCUGUGAUUUAUCCCUCGGGAGAUUCCUAAUGUAGUACUACUCUGACCCAUAUGUGGUCUUGUUGAACUGUACAUAACAUUGUGUUAAAAUGCAUCAAUACAUUGUUUUUAUUAUAUUGCAGAGAUGUAAGAGAUAUUAAAAGUAUUUAUCACAA